AGUAUAUUGGGGUAGCAAAAAUGGGACGUCCUUGAAAUCAAUACAUUUACAGAAUAUGCUAAAAAUCCAAGCAUCAAAACCAAAAAUCCCACCCCUAUCACAAACCAGCCCAACAAAUCAAGCCCACCCAAUCACGCCACCGCCGCCGCCGCCGCCGCCGCACCCACAAUAACUACAACAAGAAAAAUCCAAUGUCCAUGACCAAAACCAGAAAAAUCCAUCCAAGCCAACUUGUAAAUUAAAAAAGAAAAAUAGAAAAAAAUCCUUCCCUUCCUUUUUCACACAAGAAGCCCCCCAAUCGCCAUCUCAGACAGCACACGAACACUUACAUCUCUCUCUAUUUUUGAUGCGCCUACUCUUGUUUACUCCAAACCCAAUCAAAACCUCUCCAACACUAUAUUUCCUCAACUCGCUCCGAUCCAACUUAAUCAAACGCACCUUGCCAACUCGGAGAUCUUUCAUCCCUGCAAGAAUGGCAAUCCCUCCACGAUCAAUAGCAUCAGCGCCAUCUUGCACUACAACAUCAGGCAGAAGUAACAUCAACAUUGAAGAGGGUCUUGCUAGUAAAUUCUGGAUCAAGUUUAGAAGAGAAUCCGUUUUUGCUAUGUACACUCCUUUUGUCAUCUCUUUGGCUUCUGGCACUCUCAAGAUUGAUUCUUUCAGGCAUUAUAUCUCUCAAGAUUCUCACUUUCUCAAAUCUUUUGCUCAUGCGUUUGAAUUAGCUGAAGACUGUGCUGAUGAUGAUGAAGCAAAGCUAGCAAUCUCCGAGUUGAGGAAGGGUGUCUUAGAGGAGCUGAAGAUGCACAAUUCAUUUGUACAGGAAUGGGGUAUAGACCCAGGUAAAGAGGGGACUAUCAAUUCUGCUACUGUAAAAUACACAGAUUUCUUGUUGGCUACAGCUUCUGGGAAGGUUGAAGGAGUGAAAGGUCUUGGUAAACUUGCAACUCCUUUUGAAAGAACAAAAGUUGCAGCCUAUACCCUGGGUGCUAUGACACCUUGCAUGCAGCUGUAUUCCUUUCUAGGCAAGGAACUCCAGGCAGUUUUAGAUCUGGAGGAAGAUGGGCACCCUUACAAGAAGUGGAUUCACAGUUACUCGUCUGAGAGAUUUCAGGCAUCAGCUCUGCAAACUGAAGACUUGCUGGAUAAACUUAGUGUCUCCUUGACAGGCGAGGAGCUUGACAUCAUUGAAAAGCUUUAUCACCAGGCCAUGAAACUUGAAAUAGAAUUCUUCCUUGCUCAGCCAAUUGCUCAGACAACUUUAGCUCCCCUGACAAAAGGGCAUAACCCUGAAGAAGACCGGCUUGUCAUAUUUUCUGAUUUUGAUUUGACAUGCACUGUUGUUGACUCUUCUGCCAUUUUGGCAGAAAUUGCAAUACUAACAGCACCAAAAUCUGAUGUGGUUCAACCUGAGACUCAAAUUGCUCGAAUGUCAUCAGCUGAUCUGAGGAACACAUGGGGUCUUCUUUCUGGACAGUACACGGAAGAGUAUGAACAAUGUAUUGAAAGCAUUAUGCCAUCUGCAAAAGUGGAAUUCAACUAUGAAGCUCUUUGUAAAGCACUUGAACAACUUUCAGACUUUGAGCGAAGGGCAAAUUCUAGAGUGAUUGAUUCUGGGGUUCUCAAAGGUUUGAAUCUUGAAGAUGUAAAACGAGCGGGUGAACGUUUGAUUCUUCAGGAUGGUUGCACUGGUUUCUUUCGGAAAAUUGUGAAGAAUGAAAAUUUGAACACGAAUGUCCAUGUGCUCUCAUACUGCUGGUGUGGUGAUCUCAUCAGAUCAGCUUUCUCCUCAGGGGGUUUGGAUGCUCUAAAUAUUCAUGCAAAUGAGUUAAUUUUUGAAGAAUCAAUCUCCACGGGAGAGAUUGUUAAAAAGGUGGAAUCUCCCAUGGACAAAGCUCAAGCUUUCAAUGACAUUUUAAAGAAUUACAGCAGUGACAGAAAGAACUUGACUGUUUACAUUGGUGAUUCAGUUGGUGACUUGCUUUGUCUACUUCAGGCAGAUAUUGGUAUUGUAGUUGGAUCUAGUACAAGCUUAAGGAGCGUGGGAAGUCAACAUGGUGUUUCUUUUGUACCACUGUUCCCUGGCUUGGUAAGAAAACAGAAAGAAUCUGAUGGAGAAUCUCCUAAUUGGAAAGGGCUAUCUGGCAUACUAUAUACAGUCUCCAGUUGGUCAGAAAUACAUGCCUUCAUUUUGGGGUGGUAGAAUCAUUUUUGCUCGCUCACACCUGCGUUUUAGUUAGGAGAAAUCAAGGAAAUAUUUGUUACUCAAUGGAACACCAAUACAAGAUGAUGGCCUAUUUUAUUAGGGGCCACAUAUCUGCCGCUGUUUGGCCAUUUUCCCCUUCUUUCCACGGGUCUUCUGAUAAAAAAUGUAAUGAAUUCUGUUGGCUGGAUAAUGCUGUGAACUUGGUAUUUACAAUCUCCUGUACUUCUAUUGCCAACCUCACCAAAUUCUUUUGUUGCCCAUUGUAGAUGCUCGCUGGUGCUGGUUCUAUACCUUAGUUUUGUUCGUUAAUACGAUUAUUUUCCCGGCAUGUAGAUUAGACUUGUCAAUUUGUUCAUAUGGUGCAUAAAUCUACUGGUAUUUUGUGCUAUUCA